AUGGGGGCUAAGUCUUGUCUAGGAACCACCCGCCCUCCAGGUCAAUCUCCAUGGGGGCUGAGUCUUGUCCAGGAACCACCCACCUUCCAGGUCAAUCUCCAUGGGGGCUCAGUCUUGUCCAGGAACCACCCACCCUCCAGGGCGGGGAUCCACCCUCCACCUGCACAGGGAGCCAUCCAUCAGGGCAGGAAUCCACCCUCCACCAGGGCAGGGAGCCACCCUCCACCAGUACAGGGUUCCCCCAUCAGGGCAGGAAUCCACCCUACACCAGGACAGGGUUCUCCCAUCAGGGCAGGGAGCCACCCUCCACCAGGACAGGGUUCCCCCAUCAGGGCAGGGAGCCACCCUCCACCAGUACAGGGUUCCCCCAUCAGGGCAGGGAGCCACCCUCCACCAGUACAGGGUUCCCCCAUCAGGGCAGGAAUCCACCCUACACCAGGACAGGGUUCUCCCAUCAGGGCAGGAAUCCACCCUCCACCAGUACAGGGUUCCCCAUCAGGGCAGGAAUCCACCCUACACCAGGACAGGGUUCCCCAUCAGGGCAGGAAUCCACCCAACACCAGGACAGGGAUCCAUCCACCAGGGCAGGAAUCCACCCUCCACCAGGACAGGGAUCCCCCAUCAGGGCAGGAAUCCACCCUCCACCAGGACAGGGAUCCCCCAUCAGGGCAGGAAUCCACCCUCCACAAGGACAGGGUUCCCCAUCAGGGCAGGAAUCCACCCUCCACUAGGACAGGGUUCCCCCAUCAGGGCAGGAAUCCACAUCAGGACAGGAAUCCACCCUACACCAGGACAAGGUUCCACCCAUCAGAGCAGGGAUCCACCCUCCACCAGGGCAGGGUUCCCCCACCAGGGCAGGAAUCCACCCUCCACCAGGACAGGGAUCCAUCCAUCAGGUAUGAGCAGCACCUGCUAAAUACACCUCACUCUAUCAGGUCAGAGCUGCACUUGUCAGAUCAGAGUUCCACAGUUAGGUUGAUACAAAGUAAAGGAGUCAAAGGGUCCGUUAUUCAGGCCAAGCCCUAUCAUUCUGCUCCAAGAUCAGGUUUCAGUUCCACCUGCCCGAAUACUCCGCCCCAACAGUGA